AUGUUGUGGACAAGCCUCCUCCCGGCGCUGCUGCUCACGGGGGUGGCGGAAGCUGCUGGCCGAAGUAUCGCGCAUGCUGGGAAACGUCAUGUUGAGCAUGCUGCGAAACGGGCGAAGCCGAACCUUGUCGCAGACCAUCCUCGCCGGGUGAUUGAGCGAGAACAGACCGGGCACAAGUUCUUGAAUGAUAAUACCACCAGAUUCGCGGUUGAUGGAAAGGGGAUCCCGGAUGUCGACUUUGACGUCGGCGAGUCUUAUGCCGGCCUGCUCCCUAUCAGCGGUGACCCAGACGACGAGAACAACCUGUUCUUCUGGUUUUUCCCCUCGACCAACCCGGCGGCCGACAAGGAGAUUCUUAUCUGGUUGAACGGUGGCCCUGGGUGCUCGUCUUUUGAAGGCUUGCUUCAGGAAAAUGGGCCCUUCUUGUGGCAAUACGGCACUUACAAGCCGGUCAAGAACCCCUGGAGUUGGCACACUCUGACCAACAUCGUCUACAUCGAGCAGCCCGUCGGCACCGGCUUCACCACCGGCAAGGCCACCAUCACAAACGAGGAAGAGCUUGCCGAGCAGUUCAUGGGCUUUUGGAAGAACUUUAUCGACACCUUUGGCAUGCACGGCUACAAGGUGUACAUUGCCGGAGAGUCCUAUGCCGGCUACUACUGCCCGUACAUCGCCAGCGCCUUCCUCGACGCCGAGGACAAGACAUACUACGACAUGUCCGGCCUGACCAUCUACAACCCGUCCCUCGCAGCCGACGAGAUCCAAGAACCCAUCCCCGCGGUGCAAUUCACCGAGUACUGGGGCGGACUCUUCCCCUUCAACGACACCUUCCGGGCCGACCUCAAGCGGCGCGAACAGGAAUGCGGCUACGCUGACUUCGUAGCCGAAUACCUCGUCUACCCCCCCAAGGGCCCCAUGCCAUCCCAACUCCCAGGCACGCACCCCAACGGCACCACCCGCGACGAGUGCUGGAACAUAUACUGGGAUAUUUUCGACGCGAUCCUGCUCCUCAACCCCUGCUUCGAUAUCUACCAAGUCGCCACCACCUGCCCCCUCCUGUGGGACGUGCUCGGCUUCCCGGGGUCGAUGCCCUACCUACCCGAGGGCGCAUCCAUCUACUUCGACCGGGCCGACGUGAAGGCCGCCAUCCACGCGCCGGCCAACAGCACGUGGGAGGAGUGCUCGUCGGACGACGUCUUCGUCGGCGGCGUCGACCGCUCCCCGCCCUCCACCGUCUCCGCCCUGCCCCACGUCAUCGACGCGACCCAGAACGUCAUCGUCGGCCACAGCGCCCUCGACAUGAUCCUGCUCGCCAACGGCACCCUGCUCGCCCUGCAGAACAUGACCUGGGGCGGCGCCCGCGGCUUCUCCCAGCGCCCGGACCAGCCCUUUUACGUGCCGCAGAAUGCCAUGACCGACGCCUCGACCCUGGCGGCGGCCGGGGUGUUUGGGAGUCUGGUGUCCGAGCGCGGGUUGACGUACGUGGCGGUGGACCUGGCCGGGCACAUGGUGCCGCAGUACGCGCCGUCCGCGGCGUAUCGCCAUGUCGAGUACAUGCUGGGAAGGGUGGAUUGCAUGAACUGCACGAAGCCGUUCACGACGGACCCGGCGACGCCGCAGAGCGUGGGGGAGCUGGGGAAGGGUACCGCGCCGCAGGGGUGGAGUACUGGGAUGGGGAAGGGGAAGGGGAAGGGUGAUGGAAAGGGGAAGGGGAAGGCGGAUCCCCGGCUGCGGAGGAGGACGAGAUAG